AUGACUGAUUUGCCCACAACUGAUUUUGUGCCGUCCAACGGUUUGUUCGUUGAUUCCUCUCACAGUGCCCAACUGGAAUCCCAAGAAACCCGAAUAGAAUCGGUAAUUGCUGCUAAGCCACCCUUGAGCCCGGUCUCCAUCCACCAAUCACAACGUACUACCGGCUCGAGCACCCUUCCUCGUCCCCCACAAUAUAAUCAACCAAUCGGAGCCGUCGCCAGUCUUGCAAUUAGUGGAGGCAUCAGUCAGGAGGAAUUACUCCGCUUUGGUCAAAAUCGACCACCACCUGUCUCUAUUCGAUCAACUCGAGCUGCUGCCAUCACAACUCGUGUUAGCGGCUUUCGCGGGGGUCCUCGAAGAGGUCAUCACACGGCUCCACCUGGGACUGUUCAAAUAGGAAGGGUCACUCGUGUCACCCGAUGUGAUAUCUGUCUCUCUCCCCCCAGUUCCACCUUCUGUAGCUUCCAUCCAAGUCCUCGAAGUUCUCCUUUACAUCUUACUCGAGUUGGAGGAAUAGCUACUGUUAGCAACGACCGAAAGUCUUCCCUUCCAGGCUUGCCAACUGACCAACUUGUUCGAAUUGGGCCAGGGAAUGUAGUCAGCACCAAAGGACAAAACUAUGCGAGAAUAAACUGCUACCCUCAACCGUAUAAAUCUGCCUCAGUUGAUACGAUAGCAGAAUCGGUCUCGCCUCCAAAUGCUGUGAAAAAUGGCAGAACGAGCCUUGGCAGCCCAAUUUCUUCGAGAGUUUCAGUGCUCUCGGAUACAACGGAGAACGUCGGGAGGAAUAGUGCUCACUUUCCUGUUUCGCCCGGCGGGCAUUCUACAAGCUCUGCUGAUGCCGUGUCUCGCAAUGCAAAUAUGAGUUCCUGUCCAAUUGCCUCGAAUUCCGAAGAGGCGGUCCACUUCUUUGGCUCCUCAUUUACAAGUGGACAAGGAGACGCAACCACAACUGGUGGUUCGGACACAACCACAACUGCUGCAGAUGCUCUCGCCCGGAAUUCACCAGCCAGGCUGCGAAACCAGCAGCACAUGGACUAUUCCACCUCACGGGAUAUGCACCAGCAAAUAAACGAGCAUAUCACCAUCAGAGUAUUAGGUGGACUAGGCACCCCAGGGCAGGCUAGACGGGGGACGCUUACUCGUUCACUCACCACCGGCAACAGCAUCGAAAAGAACAAAGAUGAUAUCCUUCUCGUUGUGAUGGAAAGUGAGGCCAUUCAAAGUGCAACGCUAAUUUGUGUGUUCAUUUGUCUUUCUUCCUUUCUUUCUUUCAGAGUCGAUUCGUAUCAACAGAGACUGUAUCAUCAACACAUUGCUAGAAGUUUUCGAAAUCUUCGUCGCUACCGUCAUAUCUAUGGUGAUUCGGUGAGAAAGAUAUACUUAGCGCCUUCAAGUGAAGAGCGCGAAAAUCCUUCCGCGUCUGCUUCCAGCAUUCAACACCGAAGGAGCUCCGCGGAUGAGGCCCUGAUUGUGCGAGAAGAGAGUGAAAAGCAAGCGCCUUCCCCCUCCUCCCCACCACCGCCUUCGCCUCCGAGGCACAAGAUUUCCAAUGUGGAACAGAGGCGAAGGCGUCGACACCUCUUCAUCUCCCACCGAAAUGCCCACCACCACAGUGAAAGUCAGAGGAGGAUAGAGGAGGCUGUUCCUGUGGCCACGGUUAUUGUCGCUUUGGAGACUGACGGAAAUACGUUCCAGAAACCACCAAAAUUCUUAUGGCUGCAUCGACGAUGCUUCGUCUACAAUGGAUAUAUAUUUCUCAUAUCAUUGACUGAAAGUGUGGCUUCUACAAUUGCCUCCAAAAUUACGGUGAGUUGUAUUCAUGGGAAAUCGUCGACAAGUCCACCAUCGCUGUGCGAAGGGACCUGGUGUCAGGCCUUAGCGAACUGCGAAUUGACCUGGUCAGAUGUUGGUGACACAGAUCUCCAUUCGAUUACAAAUUGUGGACUUCUUCAAUCGAGUCAAGUGUAUCCGCUCAGCUGCACUCUCCGGGUUCCAAAUCAUGCGGAGAAGGAUAAUUUAAGUGAUUAUACCUAUCGAGUGUACUUCUUGCAGCAAGAUCAACGCCUUGAACGAGUGAUUGCAGAAUUGAAGGGAGAUGUGGUAAGUCCUCCAUUGCUUUAA